UGUGGUUGGUCGGUUAUUUGUGGGUACAAACUUCUCCAACUUUGUUCUUACAGUAACUUCAGUUCGGUACAGCUAGCCGUUAACCUCCCUAGCUUUAAUUCACUCUUUUUAUUUGAUAUUCACCCGCCACGUGGACUCGUUUAGACUCUCUACAAUCCCUCAUACUCACAGUCAGUUUGUUUUUCAGUGAUAACUGUUGAGUGAAAAUGGCAGAUACACAAGGAACUCCUGGCUUUGUGGAGAAACUAAAGGUCUAUAUACGGACUCGGAAAGGAACCCUGCUGGCUGUGGAAAUUCUUUUGAGCCUGAUCAUCAUGAUCUGUUACGCAGCAUCAUUGUACAGCGGUUAUUCCACCGUCGCUAUCUGUGAAAUGGUCUUUGCCAUCAUCUUCUUUGUCAUCUUCAUGAUGGAGCUGGACAAGCAGUUCCAGUUGGUCAACUGGCAAUGGUCUGAUCUGUUCCGUGCUGGCAUUGGUGCCCUGCUGUACAUCAUCACUUCUCUGAUCUGUGUGAUUGGUGGAUCAGGAGAUGGAGCACGCAUUGCAGGCGGGGUCUUCGGUCUUAUCGCUGGCAUUGUAUUUGGUUAUGACACGUACACGAUUUUCACAGAAAUCAGGAGCACCAGCGGUCGAUCGGCCGUGUCUUCAAAUGCCUGAACACUACUCUAGGAGCAGCAGCACUUGCUUUGAAACACUUGGAAAAUGGAUUAAAAUGGCAAAUUUAGUAUUAAUAUUGGUAAUGUGGUAUUAUAUGAAAAUGUGGAGUUGUAAAGGCUGCAUAACACUGAUAACAUUACACAAAUAACCUUAAGGAUCUAAACUUGUUAAAUGGAUUGUCAUGUUGUAAUGAUUAGUACUAGUGAAUAAGAAGCACAAUUAAUUAGAAAAGCUAAAUUAUGAAUUAGAGAAGCUCACUCACUCACUCACUCACUGUCUUAACCGCUUAUCCAAUCAGGGUCGCGGGAUGGGUGCUGGAGCCUUUCUCAGCUUUUUAAUGGGCGCAAGGCACACAGUAACACCCUGACCGGGGCACCAGUCCAUCGCAGGGCAGACACACAUAAACACAUACAUAAUCACCUAUAGGGCAUUUCAGUUUCUCUGGACUGUGGAAGGAAACCGGAGCUCCCGGAGGAAACCCACGCAAACACGGGGAGAACAUGCAAACUCCACACAGAAAUCACUCGGACCGCUCCGCCUGGGGAUCGAACCCAGGACCUUCCUGCUGUGAGGCGACAGUGCUACCCACCGAGCCACCGUAAAUUAGAGAAGCUGAAAUAUGAAUAUUUUAGUUUUUUAAAUAAUCAUUUUAUGUUGACAAAAAAGCUCCUUUUAAUUUUAGACAGCAUUUUCCUAGACAGAAAAUUCAGUUUCAUAUUAUUUUACCCAGUAUUUAUUUUUAUUGUCAUAUGUUUGAGGGAAUCCAACAGAUGGGAAAGUGAAGAGAAAUUGUUCAAGACAUAAGAUUCAGAUCAAACAGAGUCUACUUCUCUAAAUAUAAGUUCUGUUAUGUCAGAAAACUGGUCAUGAAAGUCACUAGUGCUUUACAGAAAUUAAUUUAUUAAUGUUUAAGAUAAUACAUAUACAUAUUUCUUAAAAUGAAAUUUUUUACUGUGUAUUUCUGUAUAAUUUUGAUGUAUUUGACAGUUCAGGAUUUGAUCAACUGAAGUAUUUAAUGCGGUUCUCAGUUCUUUCCUUUGUUUAGAAACUUGAUAGAAACAACUGACCCAUGUUCAUCUUAUUAAUCAGAUGGUUUGAUGCUUGAACAUACAUCGAAAUGCAACUUCACUUACCUAUUAUUAAAAAAAAUAAAUAAAUCUAGCAGUUAAACAGCAACACAAUAAAAUGAAAGAAGAGGUUUAGUAAAACAUUACUGUGUAUUAGUUUGACCAAGUAUUUUAACACUUCUUAUUUGAGUCUGGUAUCAAAUCUGAUGUUUUUGUGCCUUGUUUGGAUUCUUGACCUGAACAGCUCUGUAUUCUAAAUGAAUUUUGUUUUACAUGUGUAAUAUUUGACAUUGACAAAAAUCCUGUUAUUUUUCAUUCACGUUUCCUGUUAAGUGCAUUUACUGCUUUUUUACAGCCUACUGGAGUUUCAUAGUAAACGUACUAAUAAACUUUUGAGGCAUUUCAUUAUUGCUUUCCUUACUGUCAAAUGUUUGCUUAGCAUGGAUAAGCUUUAUGAAACAUUGCCACCUCAGGAUUUCUUUGACAUUUUUUAUUUGACAUCCUUGAAAAUGAACGAGGAAGGUUGUAGUUUUGCAGUAUUUUGUUUCAUUGUCAUUUUAUAAUGUUACUGUUGUUCAUAAAGCGGUGCACAAUAAAAAAUUAUAAUCUUAUGCAAA